UCUCUUUUCGUUCAAACAUACAUCUCGGUUCGGUCCCUUUUGUAUUUGUUGGAUUUUGCUCGAAGGGCAUACGCGAUGGCGCAACACGCUUCCCGUGUAUAUUUUAACUAGGUGUAUGCGGCGGAAGUGAACCCUCUGAUUUCUGAUAAAAACAGAUGCAGUAGUGGAAGUAAGAAGAUCAACAAGACAUCAUAAAAAGACAGAGAAACCGAGAGGGGGGGGAAGGGAAGUGGAUAAAGGUGGUGAUGGUAGUGCAGCGGAGGAGAAGUUAGAGACACGAAGAAACAGAACGUCGAAAAGUGCGGAGAGGAGAAGAGAGGGAAGGCCGGCAUUUGCAGUGGUCGGCGCACGCUACCCUGUUCGCGCGCGCGCGCGUCUUUACAAAACAACGUAUCUGAACACUGAACCGUCGCUGAACGCGCCUCAACAGUUCGGCACGAAUUCACACUGAGUUGAUUAUCCUGUCCGACGCGCGGGUUUCAUCGCGGCGCCGCCAUAUUGGCGGCUCGAUAUAACACGUACUAAUAAUAAGUUCAAAUUGGGUACGGUAGACAUCGCAGUUGACACGCCGAUUUUUAUCUCGAUUGAAUGUUACAACAGAAAUGUGCCAUAAACAGCGCAGUGAUCAUGUCAACAAUUGGCAGCCAUACUUGACUAAUAAUCCAAGAAACCCGGGAGAAACUUCAUCGUCUCACUAACGACAGAACUAUAUAUACGGUUUUUUCUCUCUUUCUAAUCCUCGUAUGAAUCGAAUGAGAUCGUGACUUAGGUAUUCAAAUUCGAACAUAAAUAUUACAUGCCGACACGGUGUCACGAUAGUCACCGAUUGUUACACGUAACUCACACCGUUUUUACUUACACUUACACGAUUAACGUAAUGAAGAUUGGCGAAUGUCGAAAUUUUGCUUCGCGAUUGUUUAAUUGACCUUGUUUUCAUUCAACACGGCUCAAUCGUAAACACUAAUGACCGUUCUUCCAUAAGUUUGGCAUUCUUUCGCGGGACUUUGGUUAACUAUUUGUUUUUAUAGUGAUUAAACAAACAUUACGCAGAACGUGUGAACUAUUAAUUGUCACAACGAAUCAUAAAAAGUGUAAAUCGUUAUCGGUAAAUUUUCCCGCCACAUUCGUUAGUGGACAAUUGUUCAGAUCAAGAUAAAUUCUCUUGUUAAUAUCCUCAUACAAUUUACAUUGUUGAUAACAAUGCCUAUUGGAAAUGAACAGUUCUUUGGAUCAAGACUUUAAGGGAUUUAGAUUUACUGACGAAAGGAAUAAUUGUAAGGGUGAUGCAGUCGACAAUGUACAAACAUUUGAUGAGCACGUAAAUGGUCAAAGUUCGAUAUUUACCUUAAGCUCUUCAAUACUAAACUGUGAAAUUUGUGGCGAACAAUUUGUGUCAAAAAAGGAACUACGUUCUCACAUAUAUAGUCACUUGGGAACACCUCGUGUGAUUCUCAGAAGGCUCACCAAUUUGAAAGCUAUAAAGAAGAAGCAUAACAAUAGCUAUUGGCUGGAUCCAGAAAAGAAGGGUUCUCUGAAAUUAACAUUGAAGAAACAAAAUUUUACCGACUCCCUAAAACUUACAUUGAAAAAAUCUUCAGAGUCCGAAGAUUUCACAGUUGUAAAUAGCAACAUUAAUCUCAGUACAGAGAUUCAUCAUCAAGGAGACGUGGCUGGGACAAAGGAAAAUGAUCAAAGACAUGACAAAGAUACAGAAAGAUCAAUUGGUCAACCGUUUGAAAACGUGAUAGUAGAGCAACAGGAUGAAUAUGGGAACAUUAAAUUCAAUACUGAUGACCAUAAUCCAUUGGAUGAAAAUGAUAGACCAUCGAUUGAUGUAAAUGAAGGUGAUUCAGGUGUAGGGAGUGAUAUGGCAAAUCCAUCUGAAAAAGAAGAUCAAAACGUAGAUGAUUUACAAAGUGUAGAGCAGUAUGAAAAUUCUGAAAAAAGACUCUCUGAGACAGAAGAUCAUGAAGAGUCAGACGCAUUGGAAGCAACAUGUCGAGAAACAAUUGAAAAUCUGAAGAAGCUAGGUGAACAAUCUGGAUCUAGAUCUAUGAGUCAGUUAAUUAACAGUUCAGGAAUCGAAGAAGAAGACGAGAGGAAGCAUGAAUCCAACAUGAUACACGAUUUAGAAGAGAACCCAGCGAUCAGUAUUAUUGCAAAGUCUUCAACAUAUUCGAAUCAUUCGACGGAUUGUACAACAGUGUGCGAAGAUGACGUUAAGCCUGGAGAGACAACAGAAGAAACAACAGGCUUCAAUUGGAACCAGUUGUCUACUAAUCUGUCCAAUAAAAAUAGCGAGACUUCCAAAGAAACAGAGGAGCAACCUGAACAUGGGGGUGAUAAUAAUAUUGAAAAUGCUGGGUCCCUCUUACAAAACUUGAUAGAUCAUCAACGACAUAAUCAAAAUAAUACAUUAUCAAAUAAUCUGCCAUCAGAAACAGAAUAUGUUUCAUUGGAAAAGUUGGCUGAAACUGUUAGUACCUGUCGCGUCUGUAACGAGAAGUUUAAAGAUAUCGCUCAUUUAGAUGAGCAUAGAAGCAAAGCUGGCCACUAUCAGUGUAAUAUUCCAGAAUGCAGUAAUCUUAUUUUCAAUUCAUUAAUGGAAGUUUCCAUGCAUAAGGCUCAGAUGCAUGGAACACCUCUUUCUCCGAGUGUGAGCCAGUUGUCACCUCAUUUGAAUACGAAUUCGCCUCACUUGAAUCAGAAUUCGCCCCAUUUGAGCCAAGCUUCUCCGCAAUUAAGCACGCAUUCACCUCAUGCGGUUUCAAUGGAUUCUCCGAACACACCGACCUCGCAGCAAAUAAACAGAAAUUCGCCUUUAACGUCUCCUCAUCAAACGAAUUCCCCUACGUACAAUCCAGUACCUAGCACUGGACAACAAAUAAUACCACCAGUUAAUUUCGAGCAAUUACCCGGACCCGUUCAACAGUUAGCUCAACAAGUACAACGUAUGCCACUUCCGCAAGCGCAAAUGCCACCGAGUCUUCCACCAGGUGCAAAUACAAUGAUCCCUGGCCCGAAUUACUUCGUACAACCGCCGGGAAGGCCACCACUCUAUAGAGUUCCUGGUCCACAGGGCAUGCAUUAUCCUCCUCAUAUAGCACACUUAUAUCCGCAGUAUGGACCUGGUCCGUAUCCACAAAUGACUGCACCACCACAAAUGCAUCCUCAAUUGUCGCAACAAAUGUCACGUGGAAGGUAUCCUACUGUUCCACAAAGUAGUCGGGCACCACGUGCUCCACAGACUGGCCCAAGUCCGCGGCAACGUAUGAAACGUCCUAUACAACAACCGAUGCAGGUACAACAGCAGAAUAAUUCUGCUAUAAAACAACGACGAAUGGAUGUUCUGUUGCCAGAUAGAAACGAAGACGCGGACUGUCACGUUAUUGCGCAACAGAAGCGAAAUGACGGUCUGCCCGUUAUACAAAACGUUCAGGGUGCUACCACGCAACAGAGUAGAAAUGAUUCUACCAUACACCUUACGGAUUCUAUAACACUUAGCGUACGACAACCAGGUUCCGCUCCAGCUCAAGUGCAGAACACUUCAGGUAGCGGUGGCAAGAAGUCCGAUGCAAAAGCUGUGGCUAAUGUUCUGGCAGCCAGAGGUAUUACUGUUACUCCAGCUGCAAAUAAAAAUAAGACAAGCGAACAAAACAAACAGCAACAGAUACCUUCACAGCAACAAAGGACUAUGCCUUCACAGCAGCCUUUAAAUGUUACAGCGCUCACUCUGAAUUCUGCUAUUUCUAUCAUACCAGCUAGUUCGCAAAAAAAGCAACAGGAACAGGGCCAGUUUGCUGUUCCCCAGAAUAAACAGAAUAAAACGGCGGUAAAUGAAGUGGAAAGACCACCGCGACCCCCUACUGUCGACUUAACACAAGACGGUCCACCGCAAUUGCCAGUGGUUAGACGCGGAAGACCACCACGAGCGAUGCUUACCUGUCAAGUGUGCGACAAAAAUUUCCAGAACCAGGAAAUAUUGACGCAACAUAUGGCUACACACCGUGCACCAAGCAAGUUACUUCACAAGUGUAAUCUUUGUCCUGCUCAAUAUCCAACAGCUCAGGCACUGAUAACGCAUAAACAAGCGUAUCAUAAGGAAGUCGAUACCGUUGCACAAAACGGCGGUGCAGAACUGGCAUUACCAGUUGUCGAUUUGAAAUCCCCUCAUGUGUUGAGUCGUUUGUCGAACCUCGGUAUACAAAGUUAUAUACCGUUGUCGCAGCUUAGCGCCCAAACUGGCGGCUACUUCGGAUUGCCCAUAAUCACGAUAGAUGGUGCAAGAAAUCCUAAUACUUGUAAUUUAGGCGUGCUUGGUGCUACAUCUAUUCUAAGUCUGGGCCCUCUUAAACAUUUGUCAAACAGGUAACUGUGGACGAUUCUGCGGUUGGCCUACGUUUCAUGCAAUCCUAUUAGUAUCACCGAUCUUUUCGUUGCCAGGUAUUUCUUUCUACCAGUAUCACUGUAUUGUCUGAUUGUUACGACAGGUUCUUCCUUGAAUUAGACGCUGUAAAUGACACGAAUUUACGUAGAAAACGAUUUUGUUUCUUUUUUUUUGUUUUCAUGAUUUUG